GUCAACAUGUCGGACGAAGAGUUUAUGGUUGACGAUGACGAAGAAUAUGAUUUGGAGUAUUCUGAAGAGAGUAAUUCCGAACCAGAUGUGGAUCUGGAAAAUCAGUAUUAUAAUUCAAAAGCGCUGAAGGAGGAUGACCCUCGUGCUGCUCUGGAGAGUUUUCAGAAGGUUUUAGAACUGGAAGGAAAAGACAAAGGAGAAUGGGGAUUUAAAGCCUUGAAACAGAUGAUCAAAAUCAACUUUAAACUGGGUAAAUAUGAAGAGAUGAUGAAGCGAUACAAACAACUGUUGUUGUACAUCAAAUCAGCUGUGACACGGAACUAUUCUGAGAAGUCCAUCAAUUCCAUCUUGGACUACAUAUCUACGUCAAAACAGAUGGAACUUCUGCAGGAUUUUUAUGAAACUACAUUAGAAGCUCUAAAAGAAGCAAAAAAUGAGAGGCUUUGGUUUAAAACAAAUACCAAACUGGGAAAGCUGUACUUUGACAGAGGGGACUACGGCAAGCUACAGAAAAUAUUGAAACAGCUACACAUCUCUUGUCAGACUGACGAAGGAGAGGAUGAUCUGAAAAAGGGAACUCAACUACUGGAGAUAUAUGCCCUGGAAAUCCAGAUGUACACAGCACAGAAAAACAACAAGAAACUCAAGGCCCUGUACGAGCAGUCUUUGCAUAUCAAGUCUGCCAUUCCUCAUCCUCUUAUCAUGGGUGUAAUUAGAGAAUGUGGCGGAAAGAUGCAUCUCAGAGAGGGAGAAUAUGAAAAAGCUCACACUGACUUCUUUGAGGCAUUCAAGAAUUAUGAUGAAUCUGGAAGCCCAAGGAGGACCACUUGUCUGAAGUACCUGGUGCUGGCAAACAUGCUCAUGAAGUCAGGCAUUAAUCCAUUUGAUUCCCAAGAAACCAAGCCUUACAAAAAUGACAAUGAGAUCUUGGCAAUGACAAAUCUUGUUAGUUCUUACCAGAACAAUGACAUCAAUGAAUUUGAAAAGAUUCUUAAGAUGAACCGACGGAAUAUCAUGGAAGACCCAUUCAUCAGAGAACACAUAGAAGAUUUACUUAGGAAUAUUCGAACACAAGUGCUAAUCAAACUUAUCAAGCCCUAUACCAGGAUACAUAUUCCAUUCAUUUCAAAGGAACUGAACAUUGAUGUGACUGAAGUGGAAAAUCUGCUGGUGUCCUGUAUAUUAGACAACACAAUCAAUGGCCGUAUUGACCAGGUGAACCAGGUGUUGGAACUUGACCAGGAGGUGUCCGGAGUGGCCAGAUACAGAGCGCUGGACAUCUGGACGCAGCAACUUCAGACGCUUCAUCUCUCUGUGGUCAACAAGACGGCCUGACAUACGGCAACUGAAUGACCACCUUCCUGUGGUCAUUCAUGGCUGAACAGAGACACAGUUAUCCCAGCUGUGGGAGAAGAGUUUAUGUGACUCAGACUAAACAUUGUACUCUGGAGUUUACUGUAGGAGAGACAGCUUUUAAGACGACUGUGCCCUCACAAAGCACGUCAUCCUGUGGUUUUAAUAUGGCCACACUGUAUGAGGUUAGGGAAUUGUGGCAUAGGGAAUUCUAUGAUCUACGCUACAUGAUUUCCAGCUCCUGCCAAGGACAUUUAUGAUAAGAAUCUGUACUGCAUGCUCCUGAGUAGGUUGAUUUGAUUCCUGCCUCUCAUAUUAAAAGAGAAUACUUGGGGUGAAAGGGGUGGUAAAGCCGAUUGUCUCUACUUGUGUUGUACGCCUCGUCCUCACUUCACGUGGUUAAAAUAAAUAUAUGAGGGUAUGCCUAGACUUGAAAUAUGAUCUUCAAGUUUUGGGACAUUUUGUAUAAGAUGGCUGGAAUGGUGUCUGGUUUGAAAGAUUGGAAAUUUGAACAGGAUACUGCAGGGUAUGAAUGUUCCCAGUGUCAGUGAACUGUUGAUUUAGUUCAUCACGAGAAAUAAUACCACAUUAUGGCUUUAUGGUACCUGAACCCAACCUUUAAUACAGAUAUACAUGCAUGAUGUUUAUUAUUAUUAUUUAUAAUAAUGUUAUUCUCUUGUUAAAAUGAGAUGAUA